AUGAGCCCCCUUGGGUGGGGGCUUCUGCUUGGCUGUCUGGGCUGUGCGCUCCCGUCUGGGGCCCGGGCGCAGUUUCCCCGGGUCUGCAUGACGGUGGGCAGCCUGCGGGCCAAGGAAUGCUGCCCGCCGCUGGGCGCCGACCCCGCCAACGUCUGCGGCUCUCAGGAGGGCCGGGGCCAGUGCGCGGAGGUGCAGACCGACACCAGGCCCUGGAGCGGUCCUUACGUCCUGCGCAACCAGGACGACCGCGAGCGAUGGCCCCGGAAGUUCUUCGACCGGACCUGCAGGUGCACAGGAAACUUCUCCGGCUAUAACUGUGGAGACUGCAGGUUUGGCUGGACCGGCCCCAGAUGCGAUCAGAAGAAACCAUUGGUUGUCCGGCAAGAUGUCCAUUCCUUGACCCCUCAAGAGAGGGAGCAAUUCUUGGGCGCCUUAGACCUCGCAAAGUACACUCCACACCCCGACUACGUGAUCACCACGCAACACUGGCUGGGCCUCCUGGGGCCCAAUGGGACCCAACCACAGAUCGCCAACUGCAGCAUUUACGAUUUCUUUGUGUGGCUCCAUUAUUAUUCCGUCAGAGAUACAUUAUUAGGACCAGGGCGCCCAUACAAGGCUAUAGAUUUCUCACACCAAGGACCUGCCUUUGUUACCUGGCACCGGUACCACUUGUUAUGGCUGGAAAGGGAUCUCCAGCGCCUUACUGGCAACGAGUCCUUCGCUUUGCCCUACUGGAACUUUGCCACCGGCAGGAACGAGUGUGACGUGUGCACAGACCAGCUGCUUGGGGCAGCAAGGCAAGACGAUCCGACUCUGAUUAGUCAGAACUCUCGAUUCUCCAGCUGGGAGAUUGUCUGUGACAGCUUGAAUGACUACAAUCGCCGAGUCACCUUGUGUAAUGGAACCUAUGAAGGUUUGUUGAAAAGAAAUCAAAUGGGAAGAAACAGUGAGAAAUUGCCAACUUUAAAAGACAUACAAAAUUGCCUGUCUCUCAAUAAGUUUGACAGUCCUCCGUUCUUCCAGAACUCUACCCUCAGCUUCAGGAAUGCCCUGGAAGGGUUUGGCAAAGCAGAUGGGACCCUGGACUCUCAAGUGAUGCGUCUUCAUAACCUGGUUCAUUCCUUCCUGAAUGGGACAAGCGCUUUGCCGCAUUCUGCUGCCAAUGAUCCUGUUUUUGUGGUCCUUCAUUCCUUCACCGAUGCCAUUUUUGAUGAGUGGAUGAAAAGAUUCAAUCCCCCUGUGGAUGCCUGGCCUCAGGAGCUGGCACCCAUUGGUCACAAUCGGAUGUAUAACAUGGUUCCUUUCUUCCCUCCAGUGACUAAUGAGGAACUCUUUUUAACCGCAGACCAACUUGGCUACAGUUAUGCUAUUGAUCUGCCAGUUGAAGGAACUCCAGAUUGGACCACAGUGCUCUCAGUGGUUACAGGGAUGCUCACGGUUUUGGCUGUCCUUUUCGCGUUGCUGCUUUUCCUUCAAUAUAGACGACUUCGAAAAGGGUAUACACCCUUAACGGAGACACAGCUAAGCAACAAAAGAUACACCGAAGAAGCCUAG